AUGAGUGACAACAACACACGACCGUCUGUUCAUCUUGGGGGGGCUGCGGGUUCGAGUUCUGGCCCUGAUCAACUUCAGAGGCCGACCGAGUCUGCGGCUUCACCGAUCGCGCGAAGUGCCUCCGAGUCUGGAAUUAGGAAGAGAAGCCUCACGCUCAGUCUCAAUCUGUCCAACGUGGUCCAACUCAAGAAGGAGUUGAAUGUGACAAGCAGACGCGGCAGUCGCGUUUCAGGAGCCCGGAAAUCCUUGAUCCUCUGUCAGACAUCGCCCACCUUACCGCGUUGUCAUUCUCCCCUCCCAAUGGGAGCCUCACCUUUAGACUCCCCGAGAAACAUGAGUCCCUGUUCUUUUUCGUUCGCUCAACAACUACGCUCCAAUUCGAAUCGGGCUAGCGAUGUUCGCCGAUGGUCUGUGGCCUCUCUUCCUUCUUCGGGCUAUGGUACCAACACACCAGGCAGUUCCACCGUGUCGUCUCAAUGCUCGUCCCAGGAAAAGCUGCAUCUCAUCGAGCACGAUUCCCCCGGAGCGCUCCGACCCCGGUCGCGUUCUCUCAGUCCCCUUAGAUCUCCCCACAGCCACGAAAACGAAGUCAUCAUGACCAACAGCGUCUACAAGGAACGCUACCCCAAGGCGACCGUCGCCAUGGAGGAGCAGUUGGCGCAGCUCCUCUGCGAGAACCUCGAACUGCACCCCGAGUACGUCAACGAUGCCGUCGCCCGAUUCGCCCACCACCAAAUCAUCGAAUUGGCCAAGGACUGUCUCGACAAAAGCCGAGGCAAACUCAUCACGUCCGAGUACUUCUACGAAAUGAGCGAAUCGCUCGAGAAGCUCGUGCAGGAUUGCCAGGAGAAGAGUCCAAGUGCUGCAGCCUACCUUCGGCCUCUAGUGCGCAGACUGCUGCUUGCCGUCUCCCGGCCCGCGCGUCUACUCGAAUGCUUAGAAUUCGAUCCUCAGGAAUUCUACCAACUGCUCGAGGCCGCCGAAGGUCAGGCCAAGGAUCUGCAGGGCAUCCGGAACCAUAUUCCGCAGUACAUCAUCACCAAGCUCGGGCUCAACAAGGACCCGCUGAGCGAUCUCACCGAACCUCUGAUCAUCGAUGAGGAUCCCCAGCCGCCCUCGCCGCCGCCGAAAGAUGUCAAAACCCCACCGUGCGAGGAGGAUUUCGAAACAAUCAAGCUAAUCUCGAACGGGGCCUACGGUGCCGUGUACUUGGUCCGACAUCGGGCCACGCGCCAACGCUUCGCCAUGAAACGAAUCAACAAGCACAAUCUGCUUCUACGCAACCAGGUGGAGCAGGUGUUCGCCGAGAGAGACAUCAUGUCGUUCACGGAUAAUCCAUUCGUUGUUUCGAUGUUCUGUUCGUUCGAAACCAAGAAGCACCUCUGUCUCGUGAUGGAGUACGUCGAAGGAGGCGACUGUGCCACGCUGCUGAAAAACAUGGGACCCUUACUACUUGACAUCGCGCAGUUCUACUUCGCCGAAACAAUUCUAGCCGUCGAAUAUCUGCACUCUUACGGAAUCGUGCACCGUGAUCUAAAACCCGACAACCUUCUUAUCACCCAUUUGGGCCACAUCAAACUCACGGAUUUCGGCCUUUCGAAAGUGGGCCUCAUGAAUUUGGCCACCAAUCUCUACGAGGGCGCCAUCGAUAGAGAGACCAAACAAUUCACCGACAAGCAAGUGUUCGGGACUCCCGAAUACAUCGCACCGGAAGUGAUUCUACGUCAGGGUUACGGAAAACCCGUAGACUGGUGGUCUAUGGGGAUUAUUCUCUAUGAAUUUGUGGUCGGCUGUGUGCCGUUUUUCGGCGACACGCCCGAAGAACUUUUCGCGCACGUCGUCAACGACGAACUCGAAUGGCCAACCGACGACGAUUGGCCAUUGCCCGACGACGUCAAAGACUUGACCGGUGGACUGCUCAUGCAGAAUCCUCUCGAACGCCUGGGGACGGUGGCAGGAGCCGCCGAACUCAAGGAGCAUCCGUUUUUCAAGAACAUGGAUUGGGAUUCGCUACUCCGGCGGAAAGCUGAAUUCAUUCCGCAUCUCGAAAACGAAGAGGAUACGUCGUACUUUGACACACGCAUAGAUCGGUACAACCACCAGGAUUCGGAGGACACCGACGGUGGCGAUUCUGGUGAACAGUGGGGCUCUAACGCAUUUUCGUCGUUCUCGUGCUGCUCGCCACGGUACCGAAAGGUAUACUCGCGCAUCGAACGGGAACUCGAACAGGAACAGGCCCUAUUGAAGGUCAGUGGAACUCGAAAGAUUUUUCUCCUAGGUAGUGGUACCCUCGCAGCAGAGACAUUACCCGGUUUGAAAACUCCAGUACGACCGAAGAGCGAACUGAUCCAAACUUCAACCCCGGAAUCCACCGAAUCGGAGGAUGUAUCGCCGCAGAUGCCGCGUCGACGACUUCCGAGACUGAAUAUCAUGGACGACGAUAUGAGCAGUCUGUCGCUAAACGACUCGAAAUCUCCUCAACCACGGGACCUUGCCGCCCCGUCUACCGCCGCCGCCGCUUCUGCCGCGCCCGCUACUGUUGCUGCCGCCCCUUCGAGCCCCUCGAGGGCCCGGUCUUCGUCGGUGUCGGCUUCAGGUCUCUCGCUUUCGAUUCCUCUUGCGUUGCUUUCGUCCCCCGGCGGGAGCAGCGCAAGCUCGAGAGACGCCUCGCCUUCCAGAGCACCACCCGACCUGUCCCCCAUUGCGGCUCAGCUUAAGCCACCGAUAAUCAUUCGGAGGAGUCCCCGUGGCUUUGGAUUCACCCUACGCGCAAUACGCGUAUUUUACGGAGAUACCGAUGUUUAUAAUGUGCAGCAUCUCGUCUCGGCCGUCGAGAACAACAGCCCAGCUUUCGAUGCGGGAUUGAGGCCGGGCGACCUGAUAACGCACAUCAAUGGUGAACCUGUCCAGGGACUGUUGCAUCCACAAGUCGUUACGUUGAUAGUGGCUGGCGGCAGUCGGAUUACGAUCAGAACAACCCCGCUUGAAUCCACGUCGAUCAAGAGCGGGGGGAGACGUCGCAACCCAAUCAUGAGUCGUUUAGCUCGACGUCCACCGCGUCAUUCGAAGCAAAAUCUCGUUUCCACUCCAUCGUCAUCGAAAACCGGACAUGGAAUGCAAGGUUUACAAAGGAGUGACGAUCGAAAGCGGCGCACUUCCUUGAUCCGCAGAAUCAACUCUCGAAACCGCGACCUAACUCUGUCAAGAUCAUUCCAAAGCCUCCAAGAGCAAAACCAAACUCAAACUCCCUCCGACUCCUCGCACUCAACCACCGGAAACUCCUCACCAUCGUCUUCCCCGGGCUCGAGCGCCCCCAACUCACCCGCAGCGAACGCCGUCACUGCGUCCACCUCCCCCUCAUCGUCUCACUUCACCCAGAGACCCUCGACGCUAUGCGGUCUCAAACACAAAUUGGCGCAAACGUUCCGCUCGCCGAGACGCAAAUCCGUCGGGCAUAUUCCUCUGUCGCCUUUGGCUCGAACACCCUCACCACUGCCUCCGGGCAACGUCAGUCCCACCAGGAGUCCUUCCCCUCUGGCGUACCCUCACGCGCCCCCGGCUCACGGACCACCACUGCACGCGCAGGCACAUCCCCCCAACCCCCACACCCCGCCUCCUCCGGUGCACGCAGUGAACCCCCGACGGCAAGGGCUCAUGAGACCCAAAAGUGCAGAACCUUCGUCUCCCCUUUUGCGGCGGGCUCUCUCUCCCGACCGAGCCCACAAACCGCAUCCACACGCGGGGGACGGCAAGGGUCUGGCAUCACCUUUGGUUUUGUCCUCAACGCCUGGCUCGGGUUCGCCCCCACUGAUCACGAAGUCUUCGGCAAAGACCCAAACGCAGAUCCCCAAGUCUGCAUCGAUAACAGAAUGCCUCGAGGUGCCGCAGCCGACCAGGUUGCGGAGUCACUCGCAAGGGACCACGGAGCAACUCCAAGUGCCCCUGUUCACAGUGACGCCCUCGACGCCUUCGGAGCCGCCCAGAGCCUCCAUCGACAUGCAGUUGGCCAUUCCCUGCAGUCCGUUGAAUAUUUCCAUCACACCCGCAGGGGCAGCAACAGCUGCAUCUUUGAGCGAAAUUGAGGGCUCCAGGGACUCCGAGGAAAGUAGGCAGUAA